AUGGAGCUGUAUCAUCCUUAUACUGACAUCUACGACCUAGUCGACUCAUGGAUAGAUGUCUCCUCGCAACCUUCCUCAUCGUCGCUAUCGUCUAUCGGAGAUGAGAUCGUGACGACCGGGCUACGUAUACAGUCGAACACCCGGACAGGACAACGUCGAGCUAUCCGACUUGGAGCACCAACAUCAUUGAACUUUACUCGGACGAGGAGCGCGGACGCCACAAGUAGUCAGGAAGAGUACGAGGAGAGCGAAAGUGAAUCGGACAAAGUCAUGCAGUCCUCGGGCGAUGAGCCGAUGAUUAGAAUGCAGGCAUACAGGAAUACCAGUGUGGAGCAUGCCAACACUCCAGCGGCGUCUGGUGCAAGUGGACCGAUGCUGUCGGACGACGACGACGAAAAUCGCACGGCUAUCAACUAUCCUAUCAGCAAUGUGGCUACGAGCUUCACACCUCUACCGAACGCAUUCUCGCAUCCACCAAGUGCGAUGAACCGAACGACCAGUCAACCGGUUCCUGGCUCUUACUUUCCAGCACCGCGACCCACCAACUCACGCCGCACAUCUGCUAGGCAUUCUCUGCCUCCCUUUGCGGAUAACAGACGGCACAGUCAUGUCGUUCAAAACCCUCUGUCGCCCUCCUUCAACGCCGCAGCCGAACAUGAAGAGGUCCUCCGAGCAAGUCUAAACAGUCUCCUGUCCGUCGCUGCAGCAGCACGAGGCCUCCCCAAAUCCGAAUCCAAGCGGCCAGCGAAUUAUUCGUCUGCACAACAACCCCCGCGAAGCAACCAAAUCAACACCUUCCGCCUCGUGCCCGAGUCAGCCUUGCCAAAUCCUUCUCCACCUGCCCUCCAAGAACCGACUUUCCACCCCACCCUCCGUCGCACCUCCACCGCCUCUGCGUCCGUAUCCACGACCUCCUCUCAACGCCACCAAACCUCCGACCAAAAACGCAAAGCACCCAUCAUCCGAUCCUCCAGCGGCGAACGGCGAUCCGUCAAGAAAGCCCGCCGCUCCGGCGUGACCCCCAGCAGCGAAGACAUGCACAUCACCCCCACGCUCCUUACCUGGUUCGUCUCCGCGGGCGUGGUGAUUGUGUUCAGCGCGUUGAGCUUUACCGCAGGAUACGGCUUGGGCAAGGAAGCAGGACGGUUGGAGGCCGGGCAGCUGGCUGCUGACGAAGGGUUGAGAGGGUGCGCGAGGGAGGCGGGACGAAGUGGGUUGGGUCUGAGAAGGAGUCUUGGGGAGAGUUUGGCUGGGAGGGGUGUCAUGCGAAGCCUCAACAGCGACGACUACGACGAUAUGAACGAAGAAGGACACGCCGAAUGA